UAUACUUGAAACUCUUACGUCUAUCGUUUUCCGUCGUCUAUACCAACACAUCAAAAACAUUAAAAAUGAAAUAUUUUGUUACCAUUUUUAUGGUUUUCCAUAUAUCUCUCGUUUUACUGCAAAAUACGUCAACUGCAUCACCUCUAGAUAACUACUUGGAUAGAGAUUCGCUUGAGGAAGAAAAUGGAGUUGAACUGUUGACAGACAUAGAAGAUUACACGGACAAGGAUGCAGAAGAUAAUGGAUUAAUUUUAKCCGAUGUACAAAAAAGGAAACCGGGCCAUAAAAUAUUUCGUAGAUAUUGUGUGCCAAGAGGAGGAAACUGCGACCACAGGCCCAAGUACUGCUGUAACAGUAGUUCUUGUCGUUGCAAUCUUUGGGGAACAAAUUGCAAAUGUCAAAGAAUGGGAAUUUUUCAGAGGUGGGGAAAGUAAAUGAGUUAGAGUUGAAAUGACUUAUUGAAAAAAAAUAUUAUUUCAAGCUCAUCUCAGUCUACAAAAACAAAGAUUAUUUCAUUACUUUGAAUUCA